GAAAAAUGGCGGACGAAUGUGCAUUUUGAGACUUCUCAAAUAUUCUUCAACAUUUUUUCUCAUUUAAGCGCUUUGAAGGAAUAAUAAAGUCACCAUAACCAUGUCUUCUCCAUGGACAAAGUAUCCAGUAAACAAAAGUGUUGGUAGGAAUGUUGAUGGGACGCCAACAACUCCAAGACAGACCUUGAACUACAGCUCAUUCUUAGAUUCGUCCAUGACAGGAAGGAGCCAAGGACGCUCGUCCGUUGCUGGAAAAUUGUUAGAAGAAACGCCGUAUCACAGAGUUGAGACGUUUGGGCUGACUAUUCCUGUACAAAUAAGAGAAGCUUUGGCCUUAAAAAACAAAUCCUCCGUAUUGCAGUAUACAAAUGUCAAGCUACAUGAGUCAGGAUGGGCAUGGUUGGUAUCUGGUAGGAAGCUGUAUGUUUGGAGGUUCAUACCAUCACCAGGGUCUAAGAGUCUUUACUGCAAAGAGCUGUUACUUCCCCCAACAAACCUGUACCACUCAGCAAAUCUUGUAACCAUCCUUCCCAGCACAUGGGGUGCUGACAUCAAUAACCCUGGGUCUGCAGCCAUUAUGAUGGUCUCACCAGAGGGUGUGGUCAGAUAUUGGCCCAGUCUGGCACAUGACAGCAAUUCCAUUGAAGUAAACACUGAGCUGUCUGGACAUCCCUGUCACUCGCUCACUCCAUUCCAGCCAUGUGGUUGUGUUUUGAUGACAACUACCAAUGAACUAAUGCUGCUAAUGCCAUCUCAAAAAUCUAUCAUGAUCCACCCAUUAAAGGUAUCAGGUGGAGUGUUUUCUAUUCUUGGCAGAAGAGUAUCAUCUUUGAUAUUUGGAUCACAACAAGCCGCUGAACAAACAACUACAGUGCAUAAAGUUCUGGUUAGUGACUUCACCAGAGAUAACUCAAGGAUGUUGUAUGUUUUAAGUAGUAAUCAGCUAGCUAAGUGGGAAAUACAGUUGACAUCAUCGAAUACGAUCCAAGAAAAGCUUGUAUACCAGUGUGAUUGUGAGGCCAUGUUUACCAAAGCUGCAUCUCAAGGUCUGCAUGUUUCCUUGGAAACCAUUGACCAGCUAACAGUCUGGUGUCUUGAUGUUUGUAAUACCGGCGAAGGCAUUGACAUACUUGCUGCUGUUGCUCUCAAGGGUCAAGUAAAAACUAGUUUGUUUUACAUGUUUGGAACACUAGACAAUAACUUAUCAGAAGCUCCACAGUCCCUAGGCAGUGUCAACAUUAUUCAAUUUGCCGAAGAGUAUUCACCUUCUCAUGAAGAUCAGCUGUUGAGUUACAAGAUGCUGCUUCCACAACACAGCAGUAAUGCUUAUAUUUACAGUGCUCAGUCUAUCAUUUGUGUCCCAGCCUACAGAACAGAUGACAUUGUCAACAAGAUUGAUUUCAAUUCUCCUGGUGAUGGUAUUCUGGGUGCUGGUGUCAUGAAGGACAAAGCAUUGUUCUUUUCCAGGAAGCAUGGGAUUUUGAGCGUCACAGUCACUGAAGAUGCCUUAAGGCAACAAACAGAUCUAUCUUUUUCAAGGUCCAGAAUACAGGAGCCGCAGGCAUCCCAAAGUAUAGUUCCUGAUGUUUCCUUUUCACAAGACUUCACAGAUGGGGAUUCUACAACAGACCAGUUAACUCAAUUCAAAGCUGCAUUCCUUCAGUUCUGCCAGCAAAAUAUCAAUGAUGCACAGAACAUAUGUGAUCAGCUAUUCACACCAGAUUCCAGUGGAUUAGAUAGUGCUGUAGCAGCCCUGAGUGAAGAACUGAUCAAUGAUUACCCUGCAUCUGAUCCUAGAUGGGCAGAAUCCAUCCCAGCAGGAAGUGUUUCGACAUCAUCAUCACUGAUCAUCUUACAUCAACUAGAGGACAAACUCAAAGCUCAUGGAUUCCUUGUGAACUUCUUAAAAGGUGUUGGAUUAUGGGAUAGGCUGAAGACAUUUAAAGUGAGAGACCAAUCUUUUCCAACCUGGUGUUUGCUUUGCGAACAUGCAGAGAAGUUAAAUGCCGCUAUUGCAUUAUGCAGGUGUCACAAGAUGUAUCAAAAGAUAGUUGAUAUGGUUAUUAGUGUAGUGGUCAAAAAGAGGGGUUCUACUGCACCAUACAAGGGAUUGACUGAUCAAGACCUGUUCUUCAGAGAAGUGUCCUUUAUUGCUGAUAUAUUUGAAGGCUUUCUUGAGUAUGAGGAGGAGAUAUUGAAAACACCUUCCACCCAUGGUACCCAUGUUGAAACCAUUGCUGGAAUUAAUACUUUGAUGCAGGAAAUGCUCCAGGAAGCAUGGUCAUAUAGGCAAGAGAACAGUAGUCUAUAUCAGGUUAUUCCUAACGAGGGCGAUCAGAACCCAGAACUGAUAUUUUGGACAGGUACUUCUGGACCCUCAGGAAUGAGGAAUAUUCUUCUAAACCAGAUUCAGAUUACUGUGGAAAGAGGCAUUAAUGGCACUGAAGACCAGAAGAUGCGGUCCAUGCUCUACCAGCAUCUGGUCAGCCUGGCUGAUAUCUUACUGGAUGGAUACGUUGUUCAGCUUGAAUCCUUGAGACACGAUGCCAGCAAGCAGGACCGCUACGAUGAAGUCAAUCAAAAGUACGAGCAAGACCGAAGAACAGCAAUAUUACCACUUGUCCAGUUGCAUCAGUACAGCCAAGCAACAUCCUUGGCCGAGAAGUACCAAGACUUUGGGAUCCUGAUAGAGUUGUGUGAGGCUAGAGAUGACAAGGACUCAUUACAGUAUUACUCUACACAGUUUAAAGAUCAGGGAUUUCCAGAUUACCUGUUUAAAUGGUACAUGGACAAAGGUGAUCGACAUAAACUAAUGAACCAACCAGCUCCUCAGCACGAGAACCUUGGAAAGUUUCUGUCAUCUCAUCAUCAUCUCAGUUGGCUGCAUGAUAUCCACACCAAGUCCUUCCACAAAGCUUAUGAAACUUUGAAGAAUCUGGCUGAUAAUGAACAGACUUUCUUAACUCGUAAAAAGACUCUACUCAGUUUGAGUAAACUGGCACUGCAGGCAGCAGACGAUGUUGACAUCAAUCAAGACGUUACUGAUCAAAUAGAAAUCAUCAAUAAUGAACAUGACAUCAUCUUGCAACAAGAAGCCUUGCCCAUGGAAGUCUUACAUAAUAUCAACAUGACUGCAGACACGAUGAAUCCUUUAUCACCGACUGAUUUAAUACAGCUCUACGUUGGGGAUAAAAAUCCUCACUCGAACGAAUUUGACUUCAAAAAGGCAUUAGACUUGUUGCGUCAUGCGGAAAACAGUGGAUGUGACGAUAUCGAAUCCCUUAAGCGAUACAUAUGGUGCAGAGCAAUACUGAAAGACGACUGGCUGGCUUUGAAAGAUAUCGAUCCAUUAUCCAGUGCCAGACAUACGGUUUUCUUCAAGACUGUUGAACUAGCUUACAGUCAAGGUCUCAGCCUACAGGAAUUCAUGCCAGCAAUGGAAUCUCUCCUGGAGUCUGAGGAUCUCAAGAACGCUGGGCUGUUGGAUAAUCCCAAUUUCCGUUAUCUCUUGAAGGCUGGCUAUGAGCAGAUUGAGAGGACGACGCAGGACGAUACAGAAAUGGUAGUGUAGUUGAUAGAUAAUGAUUGAUAUUUAAUAUUAUACCACGGCUUCUUUCUGAAGGUUAGAGCUCUAUUUUUGCGACGUAAAAUAUAUCUUUUGUAUAUUUCCGCUGUUGUGUAGUUUUUCUAUAUCUAAAAAAUAACGUUUUCAAUUCCGAUUCCUCAAUUUUUGGUUUACUGAUUCGCAUAUUGAUCGUAAAUUCGUCGUACAUUGAUCGUGUACUUGUCGCAGAUUGAUCGUACAUUCGUCGUACAUUGAUCGUGUACUUGUCGUAGAUUGAUCAUAAAUUGGUCACAUAUAACUCAUCAAUUCUUUAAUUUUCCGUAUACUUAUCGAUUUUGAAUUGCGCACGAAACUCUUGUUCGACCAAAUAAAACCAUUCCAUUACUUAA